AUGUCUCUGGAUGUCACCUUCCUGGGCACGGGCGCGGCCUUCCCGAGUCCGUCCCGCGGGGCCUCGGCGCUGGUGCUGCGCAGGGCGGGGCAGUGCUGGCUCUUCGACUGCGGCGAGGGGACGCAGACACAGCUCAUGAAGAGCCACCUGCGAGCAGCCAAAAUUACCAAGAUUUUCAUCACUCACCUUCACGGCGACCACAUUUUUGGACUUCCUGGGCUGCUGUGCACGCUCAGCCUCCAGAGGAGCCCCGACGCCAGCGUGGCACCCAUUGAUAUUUACGGGCCCCUGGGGCUGCGGAGCUUCCUCUGGAGGAGCCUGGAGCUGUCCCACUCCGAGCCCCUGCUGCCCUACAGCGUGCACGAGCUGGUCCCCACGCAGGACCAGUGUCCCGACGGUGAAUUCCGGGACUUUUCUGGCCUGGACCGAGGCGAGGCGCUUGCCCAGGCGCCUCCGGGGACAGUUGUGCACCUGGAUCCAGAAACAGACUCGUACUUGCUGCUGGAGGAUGAGGAGCUGUCUGUGAGAGCGUUCCGCCUCUUCCACCGCGUGCCCUCCUUCGGCUUCGUGAUGGAAGAGAAGCCCCGGCCCGGGAAGCUCCAAGUGCACAUACUGCAAGAGCUUGGAGUCCCGCCCGGGCCGCUGUACGGGGAGCUGAAGCGCGGCCGCGCCGUGGAGCUGAGCAGCGGCGCCAGGGUGCGGCCGCAGGACGUGCUGUCGCUGCCCGUGCCCGGCAGGAAGGUCUGCGUCCUGGGCGACUGCUCGGGGCCCGUGGGGCCGGGCGCGCUGCGGCUCUGCGGGCAGGCCGACCUGCUGGUGCACGAGGCCACGCUGGCCGACGGCCUGCAGGACGCGGCGCGCCAGCGCGGGCACAGCACCCCCGGCCAGGCCGCGCGCUUCGCCGCAGCGUGCCGCGCCAGGAGGCUGGUGCUGACCCACUUCAGCCAGCGCUACCCGCCCGGCGGCGACAGCCUCCUGCAGGGCCAGGCCGAGACCGCCAUGGCGGGACAGCAGGUGACGCUGGCCGAGGACCUCAUGACCAUCGAGAUCCCACUGAAAAACAAGGACGAGGACUUUGAGACCACGGAGGACCCAGUGAAACAGUGAACAACGAGGACUUCAUCAUGAGAUCCCAGUGAAACAGUGAACAACAAGGACUUCAUCAUGAGAUCCCAGUGAAACAGUGAAAAAUGAGGACUUCAUCAUGAGAUCCCAGUGAAACAGUGAAAAAUGAGGACUUUGUGACCACAGAGGUCCCAAUGAAACAGUGAAAAACAAGGACUUCAUCAUGAGAUCCCAGUGAAACAAUGAACAACAAGGACUUUGGGACCACGGAGGACCCAAUGAAACAGUGAAAAACAAGGACUUCAUCAUGAGAUCCCAGUGAAAUAGUGAAAAACAAGGACUUUGUGACCAUAGAGAUCCCAAUGAAACAGUGAAAACCGAGGACUUUGUGACCAUAGAGAUCCCAAUGAAACAGUGAAAAACGAGGACUUUGUGACCAUAGAGAUCCCAAUGAAACAGUGAAAACCGAGGACUUUGUGACUAUAGAGAUCCCAAUGAAACAGUGAAAAACGAGGACUUUGUGGCUAUAGAGAUCCCAAUGAAACAGUGAAAAACGAGGACUUUGUGGCUAUAGAGAUCCCAAUGAAACAGUGAAAAACAAGGACUUUGUGACCACAGAGAUCCCAAUGAAACAGUGAAAAACAAGGACUUUGUGACCAUAGAGAUCCCAAUGAAACAGUGAAAAACAAGGACUUUGUGACCAUAGAGAUCCCAAUGAAACAGUGCAAACCGAGGGCUUCACAACAAGAUGCCAGUGAAACAGUGACAGACGAGGCCUUUGUGGCCACAGGGUGGGAGUGACGGGGGCGUUGCUGGGCUCAGGGGCAGGAGCUCUCCUCGUUCCACGCCUGCAGGUGAAGUUUUCUCAUGAACAAAUAGAGUUGAGGCCUCCUGUCGGAAGGGAGUUUACAGCUCAAUGCAUGCGAAGCUGUGGAGCAUCAGCGCCGUGUUGUCACGCCCAGUAACGUUUGCGAAGCACGCUCUGGCAGGCCCCAGGCAGGUGCUCCUCAUUAAAGUGUCCCUCCCGUGCAUUUAAAGGAUAACUUAUCCCGACGGAGGCACGUUUGUGUGUGCAGAAAGGCCCCUCUGGGGAAUGUCCCCUGCGCGUGCUCUGCCUGUCCCUGCCGUGGCUCUGCUCCCUCCCUGAAGGGACGCACAGAGCCUGCGUCCCUCCCCUGUCCUCCCCACCUCAAACCACAAGCUGGGCCUUCCCAAAUUUUAGUGAAUUUGCUGAUCUGAAGCUGUGAGGAAUUUUGAAUUGAGACGGGAAUUAUUUUUGGUGAUGUGGUUUAUUUUUUUAUCUCUUACGUAAGUAAGAAAGGUGAGUUCAGCUCACAUCCUCAUAGCACGGCUCACAAGGUCACAAGACUUCUAGUUACAAAACCUGUUAAAGACUUAUUAGCUAAUUAAACACUGUCAUCAAGAACUUAAUCUUAAAUAUUUUGUCUUAUAGAUUCAUGCUACAGUGUAAGUUUUUUUAGUUAAUUAUAUUAUAACACACAAACUUACAGCACUGUGUUUUAACAUUCUUAAUUACUUUUAUAACUACCUUUUUUUCUAUAUCUUAAUUUUUAAAACUAAAGUUUCCUUUACUUA